AUGUCUAUGUUCUCAAGUAUUCUGUGCUGCUGUACGCGUGCACGCCGCGAUUCCUUGGAUUCUGUCGACGAACGAACGUCCUUGAUACCCCAUCAGGAUAUCGAUGCUCGCGUCGACGCCCAGCCAGACGAUGAAGUUGUCGAUCAGCAACGUCUGCGAGACAAAUGGGCGGCUGUGGUACGCGAGAAAGAAGGGAAGCUCAUCAAUGUCUCCCACCCCCUUCCAUUCAACUUUCACAAUCGCGCUCUGCCAGCGAUGUAUGGUCCAAGCUCGUCGCGUAGCGCCAGUACAUCGACGAACAGAUACUCUUCGAUGGAGCCCGGCCCGUCCAACGACGCAAUACUCACACCGUCGCCAGUUCAUCACCUCGCUGGCGCCUUUUCCGAGUCGACUGCAGACGUAUCGCAAACCGUCGGCCCAGACGGGAUAGAAAUCGACGUGGAUGGGGACCGUGGCCGGGUCUUGCAAGCGCAUAUACGCAACCCAAUCCUCGGGAUUCGGCUGGUCCAUCCUUCUGGCACUGCCCCCGAUGUGAAAGGGAAGCACGUUGAGGUGCAGAGGGGCAGGGAGCGAGUAGCUUGGGGUCAAACUGAAGCCGCUGGUCGCACCCUUGAACAAGAGAGCAGCAGUCACGUUGACGGCGGCCAUUCCGACUCGGAAUCCGACGCGGAUAUGACCCCUAGGCCAUCCAGGUUGAUCACGUCGCCACGUAUCCCCCCUCCUCCCGUGGGCGCUGAUCUUAAUCUUGAUGUCGGCAAGAUCUGCGUCAGCUGGAGCGACUGA